UUGCUCCUUCUCCUGAUGUGGCCUUCUCAUUCAGCAGGUUAUCGGACGUGUCGCGAGUCUUUCCUUCGCUUUCUUGGUGUGGGCAAGCAAAGGAUCCUGAGAACGAAGCGGCGGUACAGGGGCAUGGAUGAGAGAAUGCUGAAAACUGGACACUGGACUGGGGUUGCUUCGUCCAGCUUACUAGACACAAGCGACGAAGAACUUCGGUGUCAACUACUUCAGCGUCUAGUGGAAGCCAAGUUAUGUGGGGCCACCAAGCAACUGGUUGAUGCGGAUCCUAACCGUCUUCCAAUGAGAGAACUUCCUCAUGGCAACAUGGCUGGUUUGUACCUGCAGUUUGUCGCCUACUGCAAAAGCACCGGUGAAUCAGCUUGUUCCAAGACCUUGUUUUACGAAGACUUUGUUCGUCACGCCCAUCUUUGUGAUGAGCUGCUGGGUCACUUUACCCAGCAAUAUCGCGACCGAGAGUUGUAUUAUCUUGCUCGGGAAAGAUCGAGGGGGAGGAAAGACCUCCUGACCAUUAUCGUAGACAGCUACGACAAAGCAAAAAUCGUUCUUCCCAAGUUCCCCCAUGGAGGUAGAAAUCCGAAGAAAAGGGAUUAUGAGAAAUCAAGACGUCCUUCGGUUUUGCUUGGAAAACAUUUUGAUUCGGGUAACUAA